ACUACGUGGAGCUGUCUAAGGUGCUGAAGCUUUCCAGUCAUUUGCCUCUACCAAUACAACACGGAGUUAGAUUGUCCAUUUUCAUUCCCAGCUUUCUCGUUCCUCAUGACUUGGAUAAGGCUAAUAUCAGGAUCGUGAAUAUCUCUGCGUAUCAUGGCCCACGUGAGACGCUUUCGGACAUUAGUUUCGGGAUUUUACUUCUGGGAAGCAGCACUGUUACUCAGUUUGGUUGCAACUAAGGAAACAGAUAGUGCAAGAUCUCGAAGUGCUCCCAUGUCACCUUCUGACUUUCUGGAUAAACUGAUGGGGAGGACAUCAGGUUAUGAUGCAAGAAUCAGACCCAAUUUUAAAGGCCCGCCAGUUAAUGUCACGUGCAACAUAUUCAUAAACAGUUUUGGUUCCAUUGCAGAGACAACCAUGGAUUACAGAGUGAAUAUUUUUCUUCGUCAGAAAUGGAAUGACCCCCGUCUGGCGUACAGUGAAUAUCCUGAUGACUCUUUAGACCUAGACCCUUCCAUGUUGGAUUCUAUUUGGAAACCAGAUUUGUUCUUUGCCAAUGAAAAGGGUGCCAACUUUCAUGAAGUAACUACAGACAACAAAUUAUUAAGAAUUUUCAAGAAUGGGAAUGUUCUUUAUUCAAUAAGAUUGACAUUAACACUUUCCUGUCCAAUGGACCUCAAGAAUUUUCCAAUGGAUGUACAAACAUGUAUAAUGCAGCUGGAAAGCUUUGGGUACACCAUGAAUGACCUCAUUUUUGAAUGGCAAGAUGAAGCACCUGUUCAAGUGGCAGAGGGACUCACUUUGCCUCAGUUUCUGUUGAAAGAAGAGAAAGAUUUAAGAUACUGCACUAAACAUUACAACACAGGAAAGUUCACAUGUAUAGAAGUGCGAUUCCAUCUUGAGCGACAAAUGGGAUACUAUCUCAUCCAGAUGUACAUCCCCAGUCUCCUGAUUGUUAUUCUGUCCUGGGUUUCAUUCUGGAUCAAUAUGGAUGCUGCUCCGGCCAGGGUAGCUUUGGGAAUAACCACUGUGCUUACCAUGACCACACAGAGUUCAGGCUCGCGAGCUUCCUUACCAAAGGUCUCAUAUGUCAAAGCUAUUGACAUUUGGAUGGCAGUAUGCCUCCUUUUUGUGUUUUCAGCCCUUCUGGAAUAUGCAGCUGUAAAUUUUGUAUCAAGACAACACAAAGAGCUUCUGAGAUUUCGAAGAAAGAGAAAGAAUAAAACAGAAGCUUUUGCAUUGGAGAAGUUUUACCGUUUCUCAGACACGGAUGAGGAGGUAAGGGAGAGUCGAUUCAGCUUCACAGCCUAUGGAAUGGGACCGUGUCUGCAAGCAAAAGACGGUGUGACCCCAAAGGGCCCAAACCAUCCUGUCCAGGUGAUGCCGAAAAGCCCUGAUGAAAUGAGGAAGGUCUUUAUCGACCGAGCCAAGAAGAUUGAUACCAUUUCCCGAGCCUGCUUCCCACUAGCUUUUCUGAUUUUUAAUAUUUUCUACUGGGUUAUCUAUAAAAUUCUUAGGCAUGAAGAUAUUCAUCAACAACAAGAUUAAAUCUCUGAGGGCAUGCACUUGCAAACCCUUUGAAAGAAUUCUUUGCCAUAGGGGUGUGUGUGCCUGUGUGUCUGAGCCUGCGUGUAGAAUACGAGUGACGGCCUUAGAGUAACAAGAGAAUACAGGAAGGUGUUAUUACGAUUGCUAUGCAACGCCACGAGGCAGGUGAGAUUCUCUGAAUGGCUACAAAAUAGAUGUAUUAUAAGAAUUUUAUUUCAUAUAAAUAUAAAUGAUCUGCUCUUUCACAGUAAAUCAUGUAAGUGAGAGUAUCUCUGCCAACAUGUGUCCGUAUGUUACAUAAUAUCACAUAAUUGUAUAUGUGAAAAUGGAUCGGAAUCUCAUUAAUUCAAUGACAUUAAAUCUUAUAGAGUAAAUUUUGCACAAUAAAC